UCCUAUUAACUUUUCCAUUUCCGGUGACUUCCAAAACAAGAAUCAAUCAAAGAUGCUGGCUAGCUGCCGCAAAGCGCUGACAGCUGUCACACAACAUGCGAGACGGCUACAUGUUGCAGCCCCAGUCUGUAGUGACAAGCUGUUUGUUCACAGACACACAUCUGACAACAAUCCUGACACACCUUUUGAGUUCACACCUGAUAGUUUGAAGCGAGCAGCGAUGAUCGUGAAGAACUACCCUGAAGGUCACGAACAGGCAGCUGUGAUGCCCUUAUUGGACCUGGCACAGAGACAACAUGGUUGGUUGCCAAUUUCUGCGAUGCAUGCAGUAGCAAAUCUUCUAAAGAUGCCCAAGAUGAGAGUGUAUGAGGUCGCCACUUUCUAUACCAUGUUCAACAGAGAACCAGUAGGGAAAUAUUUCAUCCAGAUCUGCACAACAACCCCCUGUAUUGUGAACGGCGUGGGUUGUGAUGUCAUUCUCGACUGUAUUAGGAAAGAACUUGGGAUAGAUCUUGGGGAGACGACGAAGGAUGGAAAGUUCAGCCUGCUUGAGGUGGAGUGUUUAGGAGCAUGUGUUAACGCUCCCAUGGUGCAGGUCAAUGACAACUAUUAUGAAGACCUGACUGCCGAAGACAUGAAGAGGAUCCUUGAUGAUCUCAAACAGGACAAAAUACCCAAGCCUGGGCCUCAGAGUGGACAAGGUCACAGAUUCUCAUGUGAGCCGAAGGGAGGGCUGACUUGUCUUGACAGUGAACCCAGGGGACCGGGAUUCGGUGUGCGCUCAGACUUGUGAAGACUGUGUUGAAAUUAGGACAUUUAUGAUAAUUUGCAGACUAUUCAGAGUUUUAAAUACUUGUGGUACACAAUUGAUUGUAGUAAGGAAGUGGGAUAACUCUUCUGUUAUAAUUUUAGUGGAAAGUAUUUUGCAAGUGCUUUGCUGGUAUUUUGUAUGGAUGAUUGUUUGAUAAAAUGAUGUUUUUGAAUAGUUAAAACAUGAUCACAACCUAGUAACUAUCUUUGCUGAUAAUUUAUUAAAUUAUUAUGGCAUUUCUCUUGCUGUUGUUACAUACAUUGCAUUAUAUUAACUGACUUGUUAAUAAACUUGUGACAAUUUUUCA